CAUACGCACGUGAACGACUGAGUGAAUCAGUGGUUACGUAUUGAGUCAGCUGUUACACACACCCCCCAGGGCCCACAAUGCAUCGCGCUUUGUCAACAUGGCUGCGCCCAGCCGCCAGGGCGCUUCACGUGUCCAUCCCUGCGCACUCUUCCACUCGGCCGUGGAAACCGUCUUGAAGGCUUGGCCGGUCUUGCAGAUAGCGGUGGAGAAUGGUUUCGGAGGCGUGUACAGUCAGCAGAAAGCUGAGUGGAUGGUGGGUGUUGUGGAGUCGUUUUUCUACGAAAACGGCAACUUGGAGUCCUUCGAGGUGGAAGACUUCAUGACAGAUAUCCUCAACAAUGAGUUUGACACAGUCAUCGAAGAUGACAGCUUACCACAGGUGUCACGACAGCUCUGCACGCUGUUUGGCCUCUGCACCGGUGGGCGUGCGAGUGAAGCGACGCAGUUUAUGGAGACGCUGAGCCAGAAGAGCUUCAACCACAAGCUGAACGUGACUCGCGUCGGAGACAGCGACGAAGACGACGACGAUUCUGGUGGAGCCAAUGACGAGGCCAUGGACUGCGCCGAAGCGGCGCAGCCGCCGCCGUCGUCGGGAGAAGUAGCGCAGCCGAGCGCGCGGAGCUCCAGCGAGAGCCAGCGCAGAGCUGAGCCGGGCGAGGACGGCUGGACAACGGUCCAGCGGAGACGGAGAUAGCACGAGCGCUCAUCCCACCGCCUCCGUGUUUUACUUCAUGUGUUCAGAAUCACUAUCGGAAUAUUUAUUUGUACCGGAGGAAUCCGAUGAGCUGUAAAGAUCUUUUUUCACGGGGACAGGUCAGAACGUGACCGCAAAACACAAUACAAAAACACGACGGGAGUGCAAAGGAAUGGUAAACAAAUCGCCGAAUAAAUACAAAUAAAAACGAAUCUAUUUUUAUCUUACCAGGUAAAGCCCUAUGAGCUAUUGGCUUUUUCAGAAGUGACUUGGCUGAACGAAGCGGUUUAUCAUGUGGACAUUUAUAGCAGUAAAAUAAUCUAAAUCUUCUUUCAUUUGGCUGAUUUAGAUGUUAAACAACAACUGCAAUUGCACAUCCAGGUGGUCAAGCCAGAUAACCGUGUAAUAAUUUAAAUUGUCUAGACGCAUGUUUCUAAAUAUGGAGGGGAAAACUGGAGGGCCUGGACAAAAAAUUCACACGACCAUAGGGAGAACAUGCAAACUCCAAAUAUACAGCAGGCAUCGGGGUUGAGUUUCAACCCCCAACCUGCACACCAGGCGAGGAAGAUAACAUCACAGCACCGUGGCACCCCUUACAUAGAUAUAUAUCAAGUAUAUACGUUCAAAUCCCAUUAGUACAAUUAAUUCCCAAGCUUGAGUGGGUGCAAAUGUAUGUACAGUACAGGUAGGUCCUCUACUUCCGAUGGAGAUGCGUUACGACGACCCCAUCGUAAGAUCGAAAUAUCGUAAGUCGGACCAUCGUAACUCGGGGACUACCUGUACUUAUGUUGAACUUGUUUUGCACCUUCCAUGGUCUACCGUGCCAAUCAGGAUGCGGGGGAAGGACGACAAGCUAAACACAAGAAACAGUUCUAAAGAAAUUAGUUUUCAAUUUAGAUUUAAAAGUGCAUACCUCCAGUGGCUUCCUGAUAUCAGAAGGAAGUGCGUUCCAGACAGCCGCUCAAGCGCAUCUGAAAGCACGUGAUGCAGCGGGCUCCGAGCAGAGUGUGCUGCGGUUCUAUUGCAUUGCACACACUAAGAUGCAGCUAUAAAUCAUACGGAGUGUUUCCCGAGCGCCCAGCUCAGUGCCCGACUGGUGGUUGGGCACUCGGUUAAUUUGCGCUCGCCGCUGCUCCGGUACUCUUGCAAUCCCUGCCGCAUGUUCAUUUGGAUGUGGUGUGCGAACAGAGUUUGAAAAGCUGUUGUACACGUGUGCAAUAGGGGGCGCUUCUGCCAUUUGAGUGGACUGUUUUGCAAGCCCACCCCAUAAUGGUGGUGCACAUCGUGCAAGUGUAAUGCAUUAGUCCUAAAUCUUGCGCGUUCAUUAAAAGUGCGUCGUGCUAUUGGCCGGGCUCACGGUUUGUAUUCCCGCGCGGCCCAUGGAGACGUAAGUUAGAGUUACGCGGCAUUCGCGGCGCCGUACAUUUUGCGCGAUUGCCAUUAGCCUUAUUGGCAACGCGAGUCGCAGGACGGGGCUCGCACGUCGAUGUUUGCUGCAUUUAUUUACGACGUAUUGUAGGAGCGUUACCAAAUACGUUACUCGCGCAAAUUAACGUUGCGUUAAAAGUGCAGCCCAGCCAUUGGGACGAUAUACAACGCGUGUUUUUGUGGUGCAUUAACGUGCUCACUGAGUAAAUUCCAGCAGAGUUGCGAUUUACUUUGUGAACGAGCAAACCAACAAACCGAAUGGCAACUGCGACAGCCGGCUUUAUUUAUUUACGCGCAUUUUCACUUUUUUUUUUUAAAGCCACGCGUGCACAAGUCGAGGAGUCGUAAGGCACGUGUGACCUUGGUGUGUUGAGCUGAUGGAUAGAUCCACACCCAAUCCUGUCCCACCCCCAAAGCCCCAGCACCCUCCCGAGGGCACUGCUAAGUGAUUGAUGGACCGCUAGCAUCGGCGGCGUGCCACUCGCGACCUCGUCUAUCCAUCACGAACCGGGCCGAACAGGAGGCCAGUUUUUGCCAUCGCCGCUACCACACGCUUGCCAACGUCUCUCUGCAGAGACUUUUGACGCGGCGGCAAGUUUGGGCUCGAGGUCCCCGGCAAACCGGCGGCCUGGAUCACGCAAAGUGGAGACCGCGUGCCAGCAGCUGUGCGCCUCCAUAAAGAACAUUUCAUUAAUAUGAUAAUGGACGUGCCUGUGUUGCGGGGAUUUUGCACAAUUGGUUUAUGGUGGGCGUAAAACAUUGCUCUUGCUCGUGUUUAGUAUCGAAAGGUAUUCAUGCAAUAUCUGAUGUACUAAAGAUAUUACUCCCCACGUUCAUAUAUGUUUUACUACCGUUUUGUUUUGCCGAGUCUCCUUUGCAAACUGGAUUUUUUCAUUACACAUCCACUGGCUUUUUUUAAUAAAUAAAUU